CUUAUUUCUAUAUAUCACGACCGCAAUACUCCCCUCCCUCACAGAGCAUUUCGCUCGGUAACAAACAUUUUGAACUUGUUCUAGUAAAGCGAGCUGCUGUGAUAUUUUCACGCAAUGAGUGACGUACCGACGGUCGAUGGCUCCUUUAUUUCACCGGAGGGGCCACUGGCUACCUUCAUCAAAGGCCACAGAUCCCAAACGGAGCAGGCCAAAUCUCUGCCGACCUUUUACCGCAAUCUUGAGGAAGUUCUCGACGUCAAGCGCGCAUCUGAAAACUUCUAUUCAACGCUGCCGCCGGAUACCACCUCCGUGGACUUCUGUUCCGGGGAUGUCAUGUCAAUGGGCCGAAGCUCCCAGCACCGCGAUGAGUUCCUUGCCGAGCUCGAAAGGCACCCCAACUUCGCCCUAGGCACCACCAGCUCGAGGCUCAUGGAUGGGAACUACACGUACAUACAGCAAGCCGAGUCGGAGAUCGCUGCCUUUCACGGUGCCGAGGCAGGGCUCCUCGUGGGCUCAGGGUUUGAGGCCAACUUAGCCAUCUGGGCAACGAUUCCAAGGCACGGAGAUGUCAUUUUGUACGACUCCUUAGUCCAUGCCAGUACACACGACGGCAUAAGACAGGCGCUAGCCAUGGACAGGGUCGCAUUUCCCCAUAGUGAUGUCGACGUCUUCCGCGACACGUUGCGGGACAUUUUGGAAACGCGGCCUCUAGUGCGCCAGAGGAAGCGUUGCGUUCUCGUUGCGGUGGAAUCUAUAUACAGCAUGGACGGUGAUAUAUGUCCGCUACAAGAACUCGUCGAAGCCGCCCAGGAAGUCUUCCAGGAUCACGAGGGGAGCAUCCAGUUCGUGGUUGAUGAGGCGCACAGUGUUGGGUUUAUGGGCCCCGAAGGUAAAGGACUCGUCUGCGAGCUCGGGCUAGAGAAAGAGAUUGCUGUGGUUAUGCAUUCCUUUGGAAAGGCCAUUGGUGCGUCCGGGGCAAUCAUUCUCGGCAACAAAAUCAUUCGAGAUACAGUGAUAAACUUUGGAAGGGCAGUCAUGUUCUCUACGGCUCCUACGUUCCCUUUCGUUGCUGCCGUUAAGUCAGGAUAUAAGGUUCUUAGCACGAAAGCAAAGGACCGAGAACAUGUCCACGACAUGGCUAGGCUGUUCUUUGAGCUCUUAACCUCACAUCCCCUUUGGCCGACCGCGAGAUCCAAGGGCAUUCUACACGUGCCUCUCGCCGAGGGGUGGGAAGACCGGGUGGUCAACACCCAUCUACUCGCCAUUUCAACCAGGCCAAAGUCGUUCUGGUGGAUGUACUAUCAUCUUCUCUCAGCUUCAUUCCGCACCUUCCCCGUCACAUACCCGGUGGUACCACCAGGACAGAGCCGUUUGAGGGUCAUCAUCCACGCUCACAAUACGGAGGAGCAAGUCAGAGGAUUCGUCGACGCCAUCUAUGCAUGGGUGCAGGAAAUGAUAGACAUAGAAGCGGGAACGGGGACAGAACCCGUAACGAAGGCGGCAAAGGAAGUUUACGAUUGGAUGAGACAAGAACAGGUGGACGGAUUCGGGAUUAUUAGGGCUAAAAGAAAAAGAGAAUCCUGUUGAUACAGUAUAAUAAAUUACAUUAAAACUUUUUAACUAACUUACUAUUAAUAAUCAUACAUAAU